CGGUUUUAUUUAUCACAAACUUUAAAUUCAAAUUUGGAAUUCCUAGUUACUGCCAAAAGUUCAAAACGUAAAUCUUUAUAAUUUUCAAAAAAUAAAUUAAAUACUUGGCUCUUACGACAAAAAUCUUUUCUAUUGUGUGCUGAGGAAGUGCGUGCUCGAAGACUCCGUUAGCGCAGCCCUACGGGACAGCGGCCCCGUUGACUAAAAUCGAACGAUUGCGUAGUCGCGUCGCGGGGCCGUAGCCUCCGGGGCUUUGUUCAGUUAUAGAAUAGCGCCAAACUGUAAUUUACUUGGAUUGUACCUGCCUUGAACAUCUGCAUAUUUGUACGAGAAAAGAAGCAAAAAAAAAAGUACGAAGUGCCUAAGGACGUAACGAGAUUCAAUAAAAUCUAAAUGUGAGAAGACAGCGAUCAAAAUGGAUGAUUCCUACAUAAUUACCAAUUUUCAUGCGCUUUGUCGUCUUUGUCUUUGUAAAAGUAAUUUAUCAAUAUCAAUAUUUAGUAGUGCUCCAGACGAGUCUUCGGAUUCAACAGUAACCUCGAAAAUUACUGAGUGUUUUGAGCUCCAGAUGGAUCCAAACGAUGGUCUUCCGACGAGAAUUUGCUACAAAUGUCUAUAUAAAGUAGAGAAAUGUUCCAAAUUUAGACUACAAUGUAUACAAAGUGAAUCUAGACUAAAACAAAUCACAGGCAGAGUGAAAUCUGAGUUAGAUACCUCAAGUUCAACAGAAAGCUACAAAUAUAAUACUCAAGAUGGGCAUAAAAUUAAAACUGAAGAUUACAUUGUAGAAGACAGUGUUGUUAUGGUUGUCGACCCUAGUCUCGAUUAUGACUCAUCAGAAGAAUCAGAAAAUGUUGAUCAUCAAGAGACUGAACAAGCAGAGCAGGAUCAAACAGUUGAAAAUGAUUUGCCAACACCGGAACAAUUUUUUAAGAAUGUUUUCAUGUGUCAGUAUUGCGAUCAAGCAUUUAUUACAAUGGAAAAAUGUAAAGAACACGAACAAUGCUGUCAUGACCCUAACUUACCAUUUAAAUGCAUUGAAUGUAGUUUAGUAUUUGCCGAGCGCAGUCAAUAUGUGGGACACUGCAAACAAGUACACGGUAGUGAUAAACCGUAUCACUGCCCCGAAUGUGAUAAAUCAUUUGGCCGGAGAUCUGACUUGAGGAAACAUUCAAUUGUUCAUACUGGAAUAAGGCCAUAUCAGUGUCAUUAUUGUUUUAAAAGUUUCUCUAGGAACACAAAUUUGAGUAAACACCUUAGAAUACAUUCUGGACACAAACCACAUGUUUGUCCCUUAUGCCCUCGAAGUUUUGUUGCUAAAGGUGAUCUACAACGUCAUGUACUAGUUCACUCGGGAAUGAAACCAUUUGCUUGUAAAAAAUGUCCCCUAACUUUUGGUAGACGAGACAAACUACUAAAACAUGAAGUAAGGCAUGGUCCUUCAUCUCCAGAACAUAAUAAUCAAAUUACUCAAGAUAUGGUGGUUAAUGUAAAUCCAUUCAGUAAUCUUUUAGGAUCCAGUCAUGAUAAUGAAUUUGAGUUGCCUAGGGUUCCUGAUCAUAUAGCCGGUGAAAGCAGUUUUGUAAAUCAGAUUCAAAAGACUCCAUCCACGUCUGGAAAACAAGUACUUAAUUCACAUUCAAAGCAAAAAUCUCCUAUUAGCAAUAAGAACAAGCCCAAAAAUAUUAAAUGCCAUCAGUGCCCAAAAAGGUUUUCUUCAUUGGAUGCAUAUAAAACUCAUGUUUCGGUGGCACACAUCGGAUCAAGAAUUUUUCAAUGUAAGAUUUGUUUCAAGAAAUUUCCACGGAAGAGAGAGCUUGACCGACACGUAGUCAUACAUUCUGGAAUGAAACCUUUUAGUUGUAACCAAUGUGAUAAAAAUUUUACUAAAAAAGAUAAACUCGAUAGACAUGUUGCAUCUAAUGAAUGUUCUAAUGAAUUGGUUGUGAAUAUGCCUUGCAUCGAAUGUGGUGCCACAUUUGAGAAGAAAGCAGAUUUGGUUGCCCAUAUUAAGUCACACUUCACAGAAAAUGUUGAGGAUAAGAUUACGGAAAGCGAUAUUAAGCAGGAAAAUGAUUUAGAAUUUGAAAUGACUGAUGAUUUUUACGGCUUAGAGAGUUAAUGUUGUGUACUUCUAAUGUUUCUGUUUAACUAAUCAUGUUAUAUUUUAUUAAAUUGUUUAUAUUUCACUAGACAGAAGCUCAAUUUUGUAAUAUUACUCUCGUUUCCCUAUCUACAUUAAAACAGAUUUCCAGUAAAU